UGUUGGCCCCUCCCUGGUACCGCCUCUAUUUGCAUAUCUCCGGGACCAUUGCACUGAUUGGCGACUCUAUGUUCAAUGAAGAGCUCCCGGCUCAUAUUCUAGGAGCCCUGAGAUAGCAAGGCAGUCGGAUUCAAGGAGCUAAAAGUACAGUGAAGAGAGCGAGCUGUCUCCUCACACUCUGGAUGACCAGUUGAGGGCUACGGUCAAUGAAAGAAGUGACUAGGCAUCAGGACCGGGAUCAGAGCAUGGAGAAUCAAAUCGCUCGUUGCAAGAUUGUCGUAGUUGGGGAUGCACAGUGUGGGAAAACAACUUUAUUACAUGUAUUUGCUAAGGAUUGUUAUCCCGAGAAUUAUGUUCCUACUGUGUUUGAGAACUACACGGCGAGUUUUGAAAUUGACAAGCAAAGAAUCGAGUUGAACAUGUGGGACACUUCAGGUGAGUUGUUCCGUUUAAACCAGGGACUGCUGCUGGCUUCAGGGAUGACUCAAAAAAUAACAGGAGAACUGUGCGCCAUUGCACCAAGCCGGUGUUACACCUGGACCGUCCAA